AUGCGUGCUGGUGGUGUGCCGGUUGUACCGGAGCCUGUAAUUGGAAGCUCGGACGUCACUGUGGAUGAUCCCCAAGAGAAUCCAUCACGAGGAGGAGCAUUAACACGUAAGCAAGAACAGGAAAACCGAUUAAUCCGACGAUUCCUGCGGUCCCGACUCGACGAAUUGAGCAUCCGAAAUGGAAUACCUUUUUCCUCCGUGCAGGAAACCUACGGAACGCCCUUCCUAUUCCUGGCCGUCGAGGAGUUGCGAGCUCGAGGUCACGAUUCAGCAUGGAUGCCAGCACGAGUGCUUGAAACAUGCGCCGACUCUGCGCCAGCGGCUGAGGUUGCUGAAGUAGAGACAGGGACAGGAGCUAUCGUGUUCCCACAAUCAACAGUCUCAUCAUCUUCUUCCCUAUUUUCCACAUGUACCAGGCGUCGUCAAACAAACAAAACUGCCAAAGCCGAAAACUACGCGCUGGCCCAACAGGCACUUCUGUGGAUGGAAGACUAUCCAGCCGCCAGCAUCUUGCAGCUCCAAUCCGUCCGGUUCUUGAACUCUCGAUGCGCCUCUUGCGGGCAAGACCGGAAUUUUCGGGAACUCCUGUUCAAACGUGGAGUGCUGAAACAUCUGCACCAAGCCUGGCGUACCGCUGCUGCCUCAAUCGUUGCGUACUGUUCACCAUCGUUUCUAUCCAAGACAACCGAAACGCUCGACCCAGUGAGGACUGCAAAGAAAGACGGAAAGGCCGAAAAGGAGGAGCGCAACGAAGAAAACUUGGAAUUAUCCGAAACGGAGACGAACAACCGAGAAGCGACAUUACUGGAAUCAAUAGCUAGUGCCUCGCAUAGGGAGGAAAAACCCGCGACAAGUAGUCCCAGCACAGAUCAACAGAACCUGCAACAUGCAGCUUCGUGCGUAAAAGUCGCAAAGAAAAUAAUAGCAAGAAAACGAUCCGCAGGCGCUUCUCAACGCUGCGCCGGUGAGAUUCUAAAGCUACUGCUAUACCUUGCGCAGGAGGACCAUCUUGCGUACCUGAUCCUUAGAACAAGACAGUCGGACGACUCGGAUCAACAACAACAGCAAAAUUUCAGCCAGCUUGGGAAUCGCGCUACGACCAGGGUUUUAGAUUUCGCCGCACUUGAUCACGAUGGCCAGAACUAUGAUAGAAACAUCGUCAAUAACGUAAACUCGCAUAGCACCAAUCAGAAUCGAGUUCCAUCCACUUCUCAACUUUCUCGUCUAGGACUCACCACCGAUUCAUUCCGCAGUAGAGUGGGGUCGCGUGUCGCGAGACAUCCAGCAGCCUGGCUUGCUGACAUUAUUGCCGUAGUCUUGUCUCCUCCUGAGCCUCGCUUGACAGGACGCUUAUCAUCCCCUGAACAGAAUCCCGAUGAAGACUCACCACUCUCAGCGGUAGUAUCUUCAGCACAGAAGCUUUUGGGUGCGUCCUCGACUGCCGAAACCAGCAGUACUGCAGUGCAGUACAAAGCCGCAGCGAUCGCCCUCUUUUGCAAACUUGCUUCAAUAGAACGGUUGAUGACAAAAUCGACUUCAUGGCAGCAACACUCAGUUACUUUGUUACCAACAUGAUAGAUCACGCAUUUCGCGCCCCACUUAGUCUCAGAGUAUGCGAAAAGGACACCCAAAUUUCGAUUCUAUUUACAUGCAUUGCGAGAGUAUGAAUGAGCAUGAGAAAAUGAUAUCACGCACCAGCUAGAGCUAGUUGAUUGCAGCAUUUAGCUAUAAUUCGUUUCAUGUUUUUAUGCAAGCAAUUUGAAAAUGGAAGCAGCUUGAUUCAUGAUUGAGGGAGCAGUGCUCCUGUAUUGGAAACUUCUAGUAGAAGUAGAAUUGCGAAAAGUAGCUCAUGCUCUAACUUGCAAUAAUAUAUAAGAUUUAUGAUGUGUCACCAUGUUGCGCCAUUAGUUUUGCUCGAGCAGACGGACCUUUACAAAUGUUGAGUUGUGAUAUUUGAACAUCUAGUGAGGGAAAUGAGAGCGAACAUCAGUACCUACCUAGUUCAAAGAGGACGUCGUUGAACUUGUACUUGCAUGGACUGCGAG